CUCUCGCCGAGGAGAGUGGUUUAAACAGUGAAGGCUGCGGGGCGUCACCGGAAAUGUCGUAAACGCCGGAUAUCCGGUUCUUCAGGGCGCUAAGGGAGCUGACGGAGAGGGCCGCCGCCCAGCAGUAGACGCUGCUUUAACCUGCCGAGCCGAAGUUCCCGCGGUGUGUGAGUGAGCCCGGGCAGGUGUCCCCUCCUCCGCCGCCGCCAUGGGCUGCACGUUGAGCGCCGAAGACAAGGCGGCAGUGGAGCGAAGCAAGAUGAUCGACCGCAACUUACGGGAGGACGGGGAAAAAGCGGCCAAAGAAGUGAAGCUGCUGCUACUCGGUGCUGGAGAAUCUGGUAAAAGCACCAUUGUGAAACAGAUGAAAAUCAUUCAUGAGGAUGGCUAUUCAGAGGAUGAAUGUAAACAAUAUAAAGUAGUUGUCUACAGCAAUACUAUACAGUCCAUCAUUGCAAUCAUAAGAGCCAUGGGACGGCUAAAGAUUGACUUUGGGGAAGCUGCCAGGGCAGAUGAUGCCCGACAAUUAUUUGUUUUAGCUGGCAGUGCUGAAGAAGGAGUCAUGACUUCAGAACUAGCAGGAGUGAUUAAACGGUUAUGGCGAGAUGGUGGGGUACAAGCUUGCUUCAGCAGAUCCAGGGAAUAUCAGCUCAAUGAUUCUGCUUCAUAUUAUCUAAAUGAUCUGGAUAGAAUAUCCCAGUCUAACUACAUUCCAACUCAGCAAGAUGUUCUUCGGACGAGAGUGAAGACCACAGGCAUUGUAGAAACGCAUUUCACCUUCAAAGACCUAUACUUCAAGAUGUUUGAUGUAGGUGGCCAAAGAUCAGAACGAAAAAAGUGGAUUCACUGUUUUGAGGGAGUGACAGCAAUUAUUUUCUGUGUGGCCCUCAGUGAUUAUGACCUUGUUCUGGCUGAGGACGAGGAGAUGAACCGAAUGCAUGAAAGCAUGAAACUGUUUGACAGCAUUUGUAAUAACAAAUGGUUUACAGAAACUUCAAUCAUUCUCUUUCUUAACAAGAAAGACCUGUUUGAGGAAAAAAUAAAGAGGAGUCCGUUAACUAUCUGUUAUCCAGAAUACACAGGUUCCAAUACAUAUGAAGAGGCAGCUGCCUAUAUUCAAUGCCAGUUUGAAGAUCUGAACAGAAGAAAAGAUACCAAGGAGAUCUACACUCACUUCACCUGUGCCACAGACACGAAGAAUGUGCAGUUUGUUUUUGAUGCUGUUACAGAUGUCAUCAUUAAAAACAACUUAAAGGAAUGUGGACUUUAUUGAAAAGCAUGGAUGUUAGUGAAAGUUACUACAGUGUGGAGUGUUGAGACCAGACACCUUUUGCUGUCUUACGGGGCAGCUACAAGCAUGAACGGGACCAGGGAAUGGCAGCAGCAUGCAGAAUCUUAGCACUCUUUAGCACAAUCUUCUAUAUUAGGGAACUUUUAAUUGACAUGAGAUGCUAAAGUCAGACAUUGAAAUUGGAAGAACUGUAAAGUGUGAUUUGAUCAUCAAGACAUCACUUGGAUUUCUUAAUCUUAAAUGCUUAUGGAAGAUGUGAAGUUGAGGUGCUGCAUUCUAGAACUUCAAUAUGUAGCUUACUCUUUUUUUCCCCCUUCUUAACAAACCACCAGUGGUUCAUUUUUAGGGUUUUUUCAUCAAGAGAAGAAUAACUUUACUAAAUUUUAUUUCUUUAUUUGCAAAAGAAUCUUUAUUAAAACACAAUGUUAACUAUGCACAUGAUGUGACCAGAUCAUCUUGAAAAUAUUCCUCUUUAGUAGGAACUCUUUGUUUGUAACUCUUGGUGUGGGCAGAAUAUAAUACUUCCAUAAUUACUUAUAAUUCUUUCCAGUUACUGGGGCUAUGCAUACAACUUUUUUGAUGAAAUUUAUGUUAUUAUCCUGCUCAAAGUACCAUUAUGGUUUCCAUAUGGUAAUUACAUUGGAAAGUUCUGCAAUAAGAUUCUAGUUCUCUCUUUUCUUUAAGCUUAUGGUUGAAGGUUAACUUUGUUUAUGCAGAUUACCAAAUUACUGCUGUGAUGUAGUAUGAUAAAGUCAGCUUCUUGGAUACAGACAUGCCCGGGACAGCUGCCAAUCAGAAAUGCAAAUUGCUAAAUUCCAAACAGAACCAGUGACUUUGCUGCUACAUAUUUACUAAAUUGACCACUUUGAUUCUUGCUUGUUUGUCUCAGUUAUAGGGAGUUUUGUACAAGGUGCCUCUUGUUUUCCAUCUUCAUGGCCUUUUCUGUUGAGAGACCUCUAAAGUGUAUUAACAGUGCAUGCUUUUACUUUGUAAAUGUGGUGCCAAAUCCCUGUUUGCCAUCGUUUUUACUGUAGCAAUGUUAACUGUAGUAAUCCUUAGUAUGUUCUUUUGCUGAAACUGUUGCAUUUUGGGACUUUUUUCCACUUUGUCAUGUGUACAUUUUUAAUCUGUUAUAGUUGGCAGCAGUAUUAAAAUGGUGAGUAAAGAGCCCAGGUUUGCUCCUGUUUAUAACUAGUCUUUAAUGGAAAUACUGUCUUCUGUUUCCUUUUGCCUUUGCAGAAUGUGUUUUAGCCUUUGUCUGAGAAUGGGUUUAGGUAGAAGGGUUUCCUGUAGGUCUAGUCCUUUGGUGUAAUAGUAUUGUUGAACCUUAGGUUUUAUGUUAUAUCUGCAUACGAGUGAAUGUGAUCAUCAUUCAUUUUGCAGAUUUACAUUUUGCUUGUGUGGAGAGUUAUAUUCACUUCAACCUACAGACCCUUUUGUAUAAUGUACAGCAAAUGUCAUUAAAUAUUGAAUGCUCAAUUGGGGGAAUACAAAUGAAGAGAAUCCAUUUUGAGCAUUUCAAAUCAGAAGUUUGAGCAGUGCCUUUUGGGGUCCAAUCUUUUUGGAUUGGAUUCUAUUUCAUCUUUUGAUGUGACCUUUCACUAGUUUACAGAAAAAGGUUGGUGUCAACAAAAAAGCAAGUCAUAGCAGUUCAGUGCCUUUGUUGGUUGUUUUUAACUUUUUUUCUGAUUCUUUUUGGAAAAUGAUAGCUUACAGAUGGUAUAACUGUAUUAUAUAAUGAAAUUUUCUUUAGAUUUGGGAAAACUUGAUCUGAAAGAAAAUUAUCAGCUUCAAUUGGUGAUUGAUUCAAUGCCCACAAUGUAAACAGGGUUGGUAGUUCUUAUUCAUUUUGAAUAUAUCUUUUCCUUAUUGUAUUCUGUAAUAUAGGAUCAUCUGGAAACGAGAACUGGUGGAAUAUUAUUUUCAACUUUAGUCUUUCUAUAUUGUGGACUCAUAAUGGAACGGUAUUAUUGAUAAUCUAAAAUAACCAAUAAUCCAAAAAAGUUCAUUUUAUUUUGAAUUUGUAUUUUCAUUUGAAUAUCUAUCUGAUAUGUUAAAUUUUUAGCCCUUCUGUUAAAGAAAAAUAGCAGGUCCCCAUUUUCUGCCUUUGUACCGUUUACAUUUGCUCUCUGUUUGUUUACAUGACGAUCACUCUUAUUUCACCAUCCCAAAUAACUUAUCUAAAUGCACAUUCCUUGAGGACACGGGGAGACAAUUUAAGUAAGUGGUCUUUAAUAUGACUUAAGUAAAAAUCACUUGGACCCAUCUAAGAGAUUGACUUUUGGCUGGUGGGCUGGCAAUCAAUUAUUAUGAUUAUUUUUUUGAGAUGGAGUCUUGCUCUGUUGCCCAGGCUGGAGUGCAGUGGCACUAUCUUGGCUCACUGCAAGUGCCGCCUCCCAGGUUCACUCCAUUCUCCUGCUGGGACUACAGGUGCCUGCCACCACGACCAGCUAAUUUUUUUGUAUGUUUUAGUAGAGACGGUGUUUCACCGUGUUAGCCAGGAUGCUCUUGAUCUCCUGACCUCGUGAUCCACCCGCCUCGACCUCCCAAAGUGCUGGAUUACAGGUGUGAGCCAGCGCACCCGGCCGGCAAUUUAUAAUUUUUAAAAGGUGAUUUUGAUUACCAGUCAGGCUUGCAAAUCACUGGUUUGUAUUGAAACAAAAGAUAUUUUCUUGUAGCAGGGCUAAAAUGUGAGAUGAAACAUUAAAUCUACUAGCCUGAAAAAAAACUUCGGCAUUUGUAGUCAAAGAAGCUAAAAGUUGCCUUGUGUGUUUCCUCUGGAGAAUGCUGGAGAUUUGUGAUGGAUAAUGUUUCAGAAUUCAGGUGCCUAUGCUUUGGACCAUUUAAGAAGCCAUUAGUCUCUGUGUAAAGAAGAAAUAUUCUUAAUGGACAGUCCCCCAACCUUAUAAAUUCAGCUUUGCAACAGAUUUUACCUCCUAGGAUGAAAAUUCCAAAAACUUUAACAAUUAUUCAUAAGUGGAUCUUGAGAUGACAUUUUCAUCUUGGACAGUUUGAAUUCUAAAUCUCUAGUUCACAGUGAAUCAUUUUUUAAAUUUUUACUGAUGGAUCGUUAUUUUUCACAAGGUACUACAUUUUUACAGUGUAAGACUAGAUGGGACCAAAAUUUACAAAAAAAAAUUUCUUGUCUUGUUUUUUAAAUUUUCAUAUAUAUUCUAUUUGUUGUAUAUACACAUUAGACUAUUUUAAAAUAACAGCUGGUUUUUGUAAUUCAUUCAGUCGCUCUAUAUUCUUAUAUUCUGGUCAUUAUUCUCUCAUUUAUAGCUGUGACAUUCUUUGGACAUUGCUUCCCUGGCCUGAUUAGUUACUUAAUAUAAUUUUUUCAUUUGCUUAGCAUGUGUGCAUAGUUCUGGAGUUUCCUGUUGCAGAACUCCUUGCUGUAUUGCAGUCAUAUAUAAGGUAAAGUCAGCCUCUUGUUCCUAUUAAAAACCUACCAUUGA